AUGAUGGGCGAUCAUCGUUACAAGCACGACGACGAGGUAGGCUCGACCUCCGAAGACGUGGACUUUACGGACUCAGAGGAGACCACGCCCAGAGGCGAGUCGAAGAGCGGCGGCCUUUCACUCAAGCGCGGAGCCUCGCUCUUCACGGGCGCCUCGCGCCAGGCCAAGUCGCCGGCCAAGGGCAGCAGCGAAGACGAGAAAGGGGCGCAGACCGAAAAGGAGCGGAAGAAGGACCGGAAGACCCUCAAGAAGGAGAAGAAGGCCACGGCGAGCGCGGGAGCAGAAGGCUGCGAUCAGGCCGGCGGACACGGCGGUGCAGCGCUCAACAACCUCAAGAUCGGCUUCUCCAAGACCAUCAUGACCGUCCGCAAGCGCAAGAAGAAGCGCAGCAACCUCGAUCUCGACGCGAGCGAGAGCGACGAGGCACUGACCAUGCCCAAAGCCGCCACCUUGGCGCAGCCGCUUAGCCACUCAUCGCCCGGUCGCGAACCUGGCACACCCGCACCGCCCACUGCCACGGUUCCAUUCCGCAGCGCGACCCUGCGGCCGCCCAAGAAGAGCCACUUCCACAGCCGCACCAUGCCCGAGCUGCCCACGCCGCCCGAUGCGCCCACACUCCCCACGACCGCUAACAAUAAGGAGAGUGGAGCAGAGGCCGAGGCCGGCGGUGGUGGCUGUGAAGGCUAUGCGGCGGGUUCGAUGGGGGCGGUGGGUCCGCACUCGGGUUCGCUGAUCAUCAGCCGCUCGGAGUCGAUGCGACACAACCACAUCGAGGAGGCCCACCCGCGCCGUAAGUCGACCCGGCGCCGGCAUUCUACCACGGACAUCAUGGCCAGCGGCGACGGUCAGCCGACGACGACGGGUCCUGCCGAAGAGCAACAAGAACGGCCAGACAACGAAGUCAAAAGCGAAAGCCAAAGCGACACCCGGGGCCACGACGCCAUCGAAGGCGAAAACGAAUGCGAAGCCACUAAGCCCAAGUCCGAGAACGAGUCCGCCGCUGCCACCGGCAGCGAAGCGGCUGCGCUCACGGUGAGCAGCGGCGACAUCCCUACACGGCACCACCUGAAUGUGCGCGAGUGGUGCGAGUACCUCGCGCUGUUCGACUUUGUCGGCGAGGCCGAGCACGAGCUGAGCUUCCGCAAGGGCCAACGGGUGCUGGUCGCCGGCGGCGACGAGGAGCCGAUCAUGGGCUGGCUCCGCGCCCGGGUCUCCGGCCGCUCGGGCUACGUGCCGGCCCAGUUCGUCGAGAAGGCGCCGCAGAGCCUCACCUUCUCGCGCGACGCCCUGGCCCGCCUGGGCAAGAUGCUUCCGCUCAACCACCAGCGACAUGAAAUCGAACGCAUCCGCGACGCGCUCAACGCCGAAGAAGCCUCCACCAGCGGUGGUGGUGACGCGCCGUCGGCGUCGGCAACGAGAGUGUGCGAGGUGUGCGGCGGUGGGGGGAAGAGGCCUAGGCUGCCGCGGAGCAAGACAGAGGAGGGGAUGAACGAGGAGGGCCUCAACCCGUCGGAGGACCGCGUGCAGUUCCUGGAGGCCAUCACCACCACCCUGCGGCGCAUGGGCCGGCUGGGCGGCAAGCCCGCGGACCUCACCGUCGCCGAGGCCAAGAUGGUCCUCUACGCCCAGGUCCACCGUGGACCCACAGGCAUUGUGGUGGUCAAAUCGGAGGAGAACCCGGCGCAGCUCAAGCACCCGAUGACGCAGGACGAGGUGCGCGCCUUCAAGCGCCGGCUCAUCCGGCAGAUCAUACCCAACGGCUCGGCGGCCGCGGCCGCGGUGGAUCCGCCGCCGCGGGGGGCCGAGUCCAGCGCCGCCGACGAGGCCAUGAUCUGCUUCCUCGAGGAGAAGUGCCACCUGCACAAGCGCCGGCGGCUGGCGAUGGAGGCCGAGCUGGCCAAGGCCCAGGCGGCGGUCGGCGAGCUGCGGGCCACGCUCGAACGCGAGCGCGGCGACUGCCAGCGAUCGGGACAGAGCCUGCUCGACGCGCUCGUACUGCUCGAGCAGGACCUGUGGGCCGCCGAGAAGGCGCGCGAGGACCGCAAGGAUGACCUCUUCGAGUUUGUGCGCCGCGCCCGCGCCCGCAUCGAGGAGGCGGAGCCCGUGGCCGACCCCGGCGUCGGCGUCGGCGUCGGCGCGGUCGAGUCGGCGUCGUCGCUGCCGCAGCCGCCCAAUGCGGGGGCUUUUGACACGGCAUCGCUGCGCAGCCGUCGGGGCACCGACGCCAGCGUCGUGCGAACCCUGUUCAGGCCGCAGUCGCAGGCCGCGCAGCCCCUGCGAGUCCCCGCGGCGGUCGCAUCCAUCGCAGCCAAUGCAGUCAACGCUGGGGCGGCGGCGGCCGACGAUCGGCCGUACCUGCGGAUGCUGGAGGAGCGGAGGCGCGUGCGACGCGACCGCGAGCUGGAGAUGAUGGACGAGCUGAUCCGCGCGCUGCAGGUGCGGUGGAACGACGAGCGCCGCGGGAUGGAGCGGGAGCUGGCUGAAGAGCGCCAGCGGCGGGCCGAGGCCGAGGACCGCGCCGAGCGGGUGCAGCGCGAGGCCGACGAGGAGCGGCGGAUGGCGGCCGGCCGAACGUGGGAGUCGGCUCGGCGCGAGCGGCAGGAGCGCAAGGCCCGCGAGGCCCGGCUCGCCGCGCAGGGCGGGCAGGAGAGCCUGGCCGCUGACAGCCACUUCAUCAAGAUCGUCGCCAUGGCCCUGUACAACAUGCGCUACGAGAAGGACUCGAAGGAGCUGCAGCUCCCGCCGCCUCUGUCACUGGGCGGCAAGGCGGGCAAGAAGGAUAAGGCCAGCAGCGGCAGCGGCAUCUUCGUGACCGGCGCCGACGGCCGGCCCAGCCUCAUCCCGCUCCUGCGGUCGCACCGGGACAGCUGCAACAGCAACAACGACGGCGAUCGCACCGAUAGCGGCGGGAAUGGCGGGAAUGGUGGCAGUUCGGUGCCUGCGUCGCCGACGACGGUGGUGACGGUGAAUCCGCUGAUGGCGAUUCCAGGCGUCGGCACGCCCGUGGGCGGAUCAUCGUCGGCGUCGGGCGCGAGCACGCCGGUGUCGCCGCUGGUGCGCCGCGAGACCGAGAACUCGAUGCUCACGCGGCGCCGGGAUACCGCCUACGCCUCGACCUCGUUGCCCCUGUCGUCCAUCACCCUGCUGCAGAGCCCGCACCACCACCAGCCCCUGUUGGGCGCCGGCUACAGCUCGGGCAGCGGCAGCGCGCUGGCCUCGCCGUCGUUCCUCGAGGCCCGGCGAUACGACAGCCUCCUGCCCGCGCCCCGGCGGCGCAGCACCUUCAGCACGCUCGCCCCGCCGUCGCUCGCCACGCCGCUGCCGGCCGCCGCGCCCGGCCUGGCCAUCCUGUCAGCGUCGUCGUCGGCCGCGCUGCUGGCCGCCACCACUGCGUCGCCCCGGCGCGGCCCUUUCAUGUCCAACAUCUCGUCGACCCUGCACACCCUGCCCACGACGACGACCGACGACUUUUUGAGCGGCGGCGGCGGCGGCGGCCCAGGCUCGGGGGCGCUGUCGGCGCGCCAGCAGGCCGGGCUGAGCCUGACGCCGGACGUGGCGGCCAUCGGUACGGUGUCGGCCGCGGUGGUGACCGGUUCGCCGGCCUCGGCCCGGCGCACGUCGUUCAUCACCCAGCUGCGUCUGCCUUCACUGCUACCGUCAUCGUCUCCAUCAUCGUCCAACAACAAUUCCCUGCCGUCGCCUUCAUCUUCGUCUUCGGCGGCGCCUCUUCAGUCACCAUCGUCGUCGACGUCAGCGGCCUCGGCCUUGGCGGCAGAGCUGAGAGAUCUGCGCGAGUCGGGAGACGCUUCGAACGGAGAUGGAGAUGGAGGGCGAAGGUCGCGGGCGGGCUCGACAAGCACCAACGCCUCGGGGGCUACGACCACGGGCGAGGCCGAGGUGCCGCAGUCACUGCCAGUAAUCGCGGUCACCUUCCCUUCAUCAUCAUCAACAGCUUCCUCGUCGAUCUCGGAAGGAGAGGGCGACGAACAGCUAUGGGUGCCAGACUCCAGGCUGCCUGUGGGCUAA